CGUCUGAUCAUUUUUUUGUUCGUAUUGAUCCCACCUACAGUCAAUCUUCGGCCUAUUAUUCAGGAAUUAACUUUCUACGGUAUUUCAAAGUGCAAUGACAUCAGCCAUGUUCACAGAAUGGCACUUCUUUUCAGAAUUUUAAUCUGCAAGUUCCAGUAUCUAUCUAGAACCUAGAUAAAUACAUUUAUUUCUAAUACAUGUAUGAGAGUCUAUCUGUCGGCAGGUGUUGAUGCUAUGUGCAGUUAAAGACAAGUAGAUCUAAAACUGAAAGUCUAUUAGAUAAAUUUUUUAUUGACCAAAAUGAUCCGACAAAGAGGAGGUAGAGGCGGUGGCAGAGGUGGCUUUCAACGUCAACAGCGUCCCAACCCUUACGAGAGUUAUUUACCUUUGCUACAAGUUCGGAACGGUCUGAGAUUGGGACAAUUGAAACAAGGUUUUGUUCGAAUGUUUCCAUCAUCCAAGGAUGAAGCGAUUGUAACUACCCAGGACGGCACUGAGAUUUUGUUAACAAGCAUGAAUGAUAGAAACAGAGCCUUCCCAGGGGAUGAGGUUGCAGUGGAAGUCUACACUGAGAAGCAAUGGAUGGUCAACAUAGAGGAAUUUACAUCCCACUGUGAGAAAGUAUUUGGGCCACUGACAGAGGCACAAGCUCGGGCAUUAAAAGAUUUAACAGAACCUAAAGCCAAUCCUCAAGGUGCCAAGGCGUCAAAUAACAAAAGUUCUCAACCAAGAAGGAGAGUAACUCUAGAAGAGUUUAGACUGGCAGUGGAUGGAAGGUUGUCAUCUUUAUUAACAAACAGAGACCAAAAUUCAAACUUUAUACAAAAAACAGGAAAAGUCGUGCACAUACUAACAAAGGUACACUCCAGGGCAGCGAUUGGUUCAAUUAAACCAAUGAAAGACAAUGACAGAAUGGCACUUUUGAUCCCAGUGGAUAGACGCUUGCCAGCCAUUAAAUUUCAGAUAAAUGAGGGUCCUCCAGAUUUUCUGCGCAACCCAAACAGAUAUCAGAAUUUACUUUUUAAAAUAAAAGUUCCUCGUUGGGAAGAAAGAGACUUUUUACCAUUGGGAUCAGACCUUUCUCAAGUUGGCCAAGCUGGUGAUAUAGAUGUUGAGACACAGUGUAUUCUACUCAAACACGAUGUUGACGAUGAGGAGUUUUCACCUGAAGUGUCAGCUUUCAUUCGUCAACUGUUUCCAUGGAGAAUUCCAGCGUCAGAGUUGGCAGCAAGAAAAGAUCUCCGAGAUACCUGCAUCUUCACCAUUGACUCCAAAGUGACUGAUGAUAUGGAUGACGCCUUAUCCAUUGAGGAAGUAGAGACAGGUAUUUACCAAGUAGGUGUGCAUAUAGCAGACGUCAGUUACUUCGUCAGAGAGAACACAGAACUUGAUGACGCCACCAGAGAACGAGCUGUUUCAGUCUAUCUUGAAAACAAGAUUGUACACAUGAUACCCAUCGAACUGAGUGAGAAUCUCUGCAGUUUGAUUGCAGGACAAGACAGACUGGCAUUCUCUAUAUUAUGGAGAAUGAAUGGCGCAGGGGAAAUUUUAAACGAGUGGAUUGGCAGAACUAUCAUCAAGUCCUGUGUUAGUCUUACAUAUGAUGUUGCUCAGAAUUUAAUGGAUGAUCCCAAAAGAGUCCAUCCAAUGCCACAAGUCCAUGGGAGAUUCACCAUUCAGGAUGUCAUACAAAGGAUGCGACUACUUAAAAGCAUUAGUAAUCAUUUAAAAGCUAAAAGACUACAAGAUGGCGCCUUGAUGUUAGAGUCUGUUGAGGUUGUCUAUGAGCUAGAUCCUCAAACUGGCAAACCAACAGGAUAUAAAGGGACCAUAGAUCAUUUUCAACUUGUCCAAGAGCUCAUGGUGCUGGCUAAUAAAGCAGUAGCUAGAAACAUCUAUUUAAGUGUUCCAGAGAAAGCAAUACUUAGAAUUCAGCCAGAACCCAGAGAAGCACAGUUGCAAAAAUUAGUUGAACUGUGCCAAAGUUUAGGGAUAACAUUAAAUGUUUCAUCUCCCGGCGCAUUGCAGGCUUCUCUCGAGCCGUUUCGACUCAGUGAUGAAGGCAAGUGGCUUGCACUGUCUAGGCUUGUAAUGAAAUGUUUUCAGAAAAGUAAACUUGUGUGUAGAGGAAGUAUAGAUGACGAGACACCAACCUAUCAUUACACGCUCAACACUACCUGCUACACAGACUUUACAUCACCAAUACGUAGAUAUUCUGAUGUCUUGGUUCACAGAGUACUGGCUGCGUCUUUAGGUGAUCCAAGUCAAUGCACAACAUCAAAGGAAGACAUUCAGAACGCCCUGGAUCGCUACUCCAGAAAGAAUGCCAGUGCCAAUUCUGCUGACAGUGAUAGUGUUGAACUAUUUUUGUCCUAUUUAAUUCAGGACAAAGGGCCAUUACAAGAACCUGCGAUUGUCUUGGGUGUGUAUGAGAAGUAUUUUGAAGUCCUUCUGAUCAAUUUAAAUAUCACGAGAAGAGUUUACAUUGAGGAUUUAAAAGUUCAAGUGAUCAGUCACAACACAGAAAAUAACGGACCUCCUGCACUUAUCAUUGAAUGGCCAGCAGAGGGACAGCGUGGUCAAGCUACUAGACAAAGAAUCACUGUACUGUCACGUGUAGUUUGUAAGCUGGUCAGCAAAAAUGAACAGCUCAAGUGGACGUGCCUGAUUGAAAGACCAUAGAAAGUAGACUUCCACUGAUUUUAUUUGAGGUGGUUUCUACAGCCAACACAGAUUCUUACACAUGUUUACCUGUUUAGAUAAGUAGAUACGUUUAUUUACCCAUUUUGCACUUGUAAGCAUUAUGAUAAAACCGGCAUACACUUUUUGAAUUUUUUUGUGAUAUGUCAUUCAGUUAUUAAAAUAUAUGGAUUUUUUUUCAAUCAUUCUUUAUACAAAAUGAAUUCUUGACAAAUGUAAAAAUCUUUCGUUUUUUUAUUUAUUGUACAAUGUCCUUUUUAAUGAUUUUAUUUGUAUAUUUUAUAAAGUUAUAUUGUAUGUUAUAUGGACAUUUUAUCAAUUGAAAUUUAUUUAAAAACAAGAUUAGAAAUGAUGACGCUGAUGUGAUUGAAUGAUUAAGAAUGGCGAUUGUUUUUUUUUGUUUUUUUUUUACAAAAAUAGGUUUGGAUAUACAAAAAUAUUAAAGUUUUUAUUUUUUUUUGGUAUCCUUUUUUUUUUUGCCUUUUUUUUAGGAUUUGCCUUCAAGAAUAUACCUGGUUAGUCACAACAGAUCUGCCAUAAGUUUUCAUUUUAGUGUAUUUAGAUCAUUUUGUAAUCUUGUUGACUUUUACAUUGCCUUGAAAAUAAACUAUUCAAAUCAA